AUGAGCCUCAACCAUUCAUUAAAGCUUGAGAUUCCAUUUCAAACCGCAGCGCAGGCGAAUAUCGCUAAACAAGUGCUACUACCUGAUCCCAUACUGAAACCACAAGACUUCCAAGUAGAUUACACAACUACUGAUAAUGUUCUCGUUGUCGGUUUCCAAAGUAUAGACGAUCGAGUGCUGCGAGUCGGCGUAAGCAGCGUCAUAGACAGCAUAAAGACUAUAGUAGAGACCAUCGAUGAACUGGGGCCAGAAACGAAAGAGCUGCAGAGCUUAUAG